AUGGCCGCAGGUUGCGGUUCUCUGUUUGCUGGUGUGGUGUUAGUGAUGAUCUUGCUGACUAGUCUGGCCAGCGCAGCGAAGAUCCUGGCCGUAUUUCCCAGCACCAGCAAGACAAACUACAUGUUCGGGCAGGUGCUGUUUGAGGCUCUAGCCUCCCGAGGUCACAACGUGACCAUCGUGAGCCCAUUCGAGGUACAAUACUCUCAGGAGAACAUCCGACAGGUACGCAUCACAGGGCUAUUCAGCCACAUCGAAGAUUACGGAUUAGACGCGAACGUAUUCACGAAGCGUGACAAAUCGAGCUUCUACGGUAACACCAACCUCAUCUACGGGACGGCGGCCCUUGCGGACUACACGCUCGGACAUCCUGCAUUGCAGGAACUACUGCGCGAUCCAUCCGAGACCUUCGACCUGCUGCUGCUGGAUCAGGUGCUGUGCGAGAGCCUGCUCGGGUUGGCUUAUCAUUACGGCGUGCCGGCAAUCGUGUACAGCUCAGCUGCUCCCAACAAGUACACCAACGAGAUGGUAGCCAACCCGCACAAUCCGGCGUACAAUCCGAUCGCUUCACUUGGGUACUCCGAUCGGAUGCAUUUGGUGCAGCGUGUUUGGAACACGUUCGUGUCGAUCUGCGAGCAGUUCAACUACAAGUACCUGUAUCUGCCGGCGCAAGAAGCCGUUUAUCAGCGGCACUUCACAGGUCGAAGAUCGGCUUUACCUCCUCUGUUGGAUCUCAUCCACAAUGUGAGUCUGGUGUUGGUCAACAGUCAUCCAGUGAUCAAUUUCGCUAGACCGUACGUACCCAACAUGGUACCUAUUGGUGGAGCGCAUAUUCGACCACUCGAGAACACCGGGUUCUCGCAGGACGUGAUCAAUUGGGUUGAGAAAGCACAGGGUGGUGUGGUGUACUUCAGCGUUGGCACCAACAUUCGAUCGGCGGAUUUCCCCGAACAACUGCGAGAUGCAUUUACGGGUGCAUUCGGUCGACUCAGUCAGGUGUUGGUCAUCUGGAAGUGGGAGAAUGCAACGCUACCGAAGCAAUCCGGGAACGUGAUCGUUGGUCCGUGGAUGCCUCAACAGCAGUUGUUGGCUCACCCAAAUGUGCGACUACACAUCACACACGGUGGAUUGUUGAGUAUGAUGGAAACGGUGCAUUACGGCAAACCGAUCCUGGGCCUGCCACUGGCUGGUGAUCAGGAGAUUCUCGUAAAUCGUGCCGUUGAGGCGGGUUACGGGUUGAAGUUGGACUAUCGCAACAUCACCGAGGAUCAGGUGUUGGAUGCGAUCAACCAGAUGCUCGAGGAUUCUAGCUUCCGACAAGCGUCUAUGAGAGCCUCUCGGCAGUUCCGCGAACAGCCUCAACAACCGCUCGAGAAGGCACUCUACUACAUCGAGUACGUCCUGAAACAGGACGGUGGAGUUGACUACUUGCGCAGUGGCGCCCUCUAUCUCUCGUUCUGGCCGCGGCAUGUCGUCGACGUGGCCUUUAUAGUGCUGAUAAUUGUGCUGAUACCGGUGGGGCUUUUCGCAACACUGAUUCAGGUGAUUCUAAGGAAAACGCACGAGCGGAAGCUAAAAAACACGCCAGCCGCUGGGAAGAAGCCACCGGCUGUGGUUGGGAAACAGGACGCGAAAAAGAAACGGAAUUGA